GCUAGCAGAGAUAGCCGCUAGCCAUGACUUCCUGGUUACAGAAAAGGAUAAGAUGAGUCGGGCUCUUGCCCAAUUCGGGCGUGCAGCGGUUGACACCAGAUUUGGCUCACAGGACACGGAAGCCAGCACUCCUCCCCGCCAGGCAGCUCUCUCGAUCAUGGCCCGCUCCUCCAAGCUGAUUACUGCUUGCGUCGCCCUGGCCGCGUGCGUUGCCCUCCGCUGCCUUGCCUUCGUCAGUGGCCCUGCUCCAGCCGCACAGCUUCGUGGAACCACCCCUCUUGAAGUCGCAGCAGGUGCCGCAGUGCCAGCAGUGAUGAUGACACCCACGGCAGCGAUGGCAGCAGAUGGUGAGGGCAUGCCAUCCGUGGUGCUUGGAGUCGGUAUCCUGUGCAUGCUGGCCGCAUUCAGCGCAGUCUCCAGCGUCAUCAGCGCGACGGUGACCUCUGAGUCGAGAAAAUACCCUGUGCACCCGGCGGCAACUCUCUCCAUCAUGGCCCGCUCCUCCAAGCUGAUUACUGCUUGCGUCGCCCUGGCCGCGUGCGUUGCCCUCCGCUGCCUUGCCUUCGUCAGUGGCCCUGCUCCAGCCGCACAGCUUCGUGGAACCACCCCUCUUGAAGUCGCAGCAGGUGCCGCAGUGCCAGCAGUGAUGAUGACACCCACGGCAGCGAUGGCAGCAGAUGGUGAGGGCAUGCCAUCCGUGGUGCUUGGAGUCGGUAUCCUGUGCAUGCUGGCCGCAUUCAGCGCAGUCUCCAGCGUCAUCAGCGCGACGGUGACCUCUGAGCUGGCAGCAACUCUCUCGAUCAUGGCCCGCUCCUCCAAGCUGAUUACUGCUUGCGUCGCCCUGGCCGCGUGCGUUGCCCUCCGCUGCCUUGCCUUCGUCAGUGCCGCAGUGCCAGCAGUGAUGAUGACACCCACGGCAGCGAUGGCAGCAGAUGGUGAGGGCAUGCCAUCCGUGGUGCUUGGAGUCGGUAUCCUGU